CUCCCCCUCUUUUUUCUCCCAUUCCGAAUCCCUAACCCUAACCCUAACCCUACUUGCACGUUUCCGCCAUGAAAGGGGCCAAAUCGAAGGCCGAGACCUCCAAGGACGACACCAGGCUCUCGGUGAAGAGGAAGGGCGCGGGUGCGGCGGGGAAGAAGCAGGCGAAGAGGGAGAAGAAACUCGGGAAGGAUCCCAACAAGCCGAAGAGGCCUCCGAGCGCCUUCUUCGUUUUCAUGGAGGAGUUUAGGAAGCAGUACCAGGAGAAGAACCCUAACAACAAACUUGUCUCCGUUGUUAGCAAAGCUGGUGGAGCUAAAUGGAAAGCUAUGUCAGAGUCGGAGAAGGCCCCUUUUGUGGCAAAAGCGGCAAAGCGCAAGGCUGAUUAUGAAAAGAGCAUGGCUGCAUACAAUAAGAAGGCCGAGGGCGAUGAUGAAGGGAAUGCUAGCGGUGAGGAAGAGGAAGCAUCCGACAAGUCCAAGUCUGAGGUCGAGGACGAAGAACAAGAAGAGAGUGGAGAGGAAGAAGAUGAUGAGGAGUAAAUAGGUAGUAUGGGAAUGUGGGGGUAGUAGAUGGGGCUUGAGUUGCUUCUCUUUCACUCUGUUGUUAUGGGUAGAUUUUUAAGAUAUGACUAGUAGGUGUACCUAGAAUCUAUGUUUAGCUCAGUAGAAAAGAUGCAUUGCUUUUAGUUGCUCUGUUUCUUAUUGUUUUUCUACUUUUUCAAAUUUGUCCCCUAACCCCCCAUGUUGAAGGUUCUUGUGUUUCUGUUCACUGCUACUAAUCACUAACCAGAAGCCUCUGGUUUUGUUCGCCUUCUGCUGUUCUCCAUGUGGUUGUUUCCUCUGUACGUAAAAUUUUGUUUUCA